AUGACUGAAAAUUCUAUCUCACAAUUUCACACUACCAUCGGCGAGGAUAAAGAAGAGCCGCUCUUUGAGGUAGCCGCAUUCCUGGACGAGGUAAUCAACGGUGAAGACAGCACAUUCAGAACGGAGAAUGCUUCCAAUUUCGACUUUGAGCGGAAGAAUGUCGUUGAAAGAACAGGACGAAACAUUCACGUCCAGUUGCAACUCCUCGAAGUCAGACACGGCAAAUACGAUGACGAUGACGAUACCGGCGGAGCAACCUUGAUGGUGUUCCGCUUCCGCUUUGAUCCCAAAAGAGCUCCAGCCGUGUAA